GACUUUUAUUUUGAAAAAUCCAGCGCAAGGCUGCUGGUUUCUCGCAGUCAGCGUUGACAGUCGGCGUGUUCGGUAUGUUCGCACCAGCCGCUCCGCUGCUCCGCUGCUGGCGGUAAAUGCCCUCAGCCAUGGCCUCAGAUAGCGCUCUCUCAGACGGCUCUGUGUUCGUUGCAGGUUCCUCACACAGGAGAACGCUGUUUUUGAGACCGUAGGCGCCAGAAACUACAGCCCUGCGUUACUUUCACUUUCUGGAGAUCCAUCACCCUGCGCCACGAUGGGCAAAAAGCGUGGAAAGGACAGAAGUCCGAGAGGCGAGAGCUCUGUGGAUCUGUCAGGUGCUACAUGUACUCACAUCCGUAAAGGAAUAGACCACAGCUUGCUGAAGAAGAUCAGCCUGGACAAGCCCUGGACCACCUGCCAGGCCUGCGAGGAGGAGAAGCCCAGUAACGGCGAUGCUCAGGCGGAGAACAAGGCCGAUCAGGAGGGGCCGGCUGUGUGGAUGUGUCUGAAAUGUGGACACAGAGGCUGCGGGAGAUUCUCGGAGAACCAACAUGCUGUCAAACACUACGAGAAGCCGCGCUCGGACACGCACUGCCUGGUGCUCAGCCUGGACAGCUGGAGUGUUUGGUGUUAUCUCUGUGAUGAUGACGUCCACUACUCCAGCACGGGACAGCUGGCUCAGCUUGUCUCCAACAUCAAGAAGCAAGUGCUGGCGGGCUCCAGCCAAAAGACCUCCACAAGAAAGGUGAAGGAGGAGAACAGCGUGUCGGAGGUCACGAUGGAGGAAGCGCCUGAGAAGGAGCAGGAGAAUACGGCAAAGCAGAAGGAGCAGAAGAAGGCCACGAAGCAGAACGGCGCCCCGAAAGAGUCCCCGGGAGGGUCUGGCUGUGGAGCCGUUGCCGUGAAGGGCUUCAGUAAUCUGGGAAACACCUGCUUCUUCAAUGCGGUCCUGCAGAACUUGUCUCAGACGGUGCUGCUGCGUCGGCUGCUGAGUGAAGUGAAGGAUGAGCAGAGCAGCCUGUUACUCAAACCCCCACUGCCCUCACGGCUGGAUCCUUUGGAGGUCCAGCUGCCAAAACCCGGCUCCCUCACGCUGGCGAUGUGCCAGCUGCUGAACGAAAUCCAGCAGACCCAGAAGUCUGUGGUGACGCCCAGAGAGCUCUUCACGCAAGUGUGCAAGAAGGCGGCCAGGUUUAAAGGCUUCCAGCAGCAGGACAGUCAGGAGCUCCUGCGCUACCUGCUGGACGGCAUGAGAUCUGAGGAGAGCACUAGAGUAACAGCUGGAAUCCUGGAGGCGCUGAAGAGCUCCGGGAAAAGUCUGGAUGAAGAACAGAAGAAAAUCGCGAAAGACUACGAGAGAAACGGUGGCGGCAAGAACUUCGUGGACCGCGUGUUCGGCGGGGAGAUGACCAGCACCGUGAUGUGUCAGGAGUGCAAGACCGUCUCCUUGGUGACGGAGGUGUUUCUCGACCUGUCGCUGCCUGUGGCUGAUGAGGCCUAUAGGAAGAAGAACCAGAAGAAGGGAGUUCAGCAGAAGAGCAGCGUCUCUGAGGACAGAGGGAAGGACACUGCCGUUCCACUGGCCAAUGGGGAUGAAGAUAUGCCGACAGGUGCAGGCAGCAAGUAUCAGCUAAAGAAGGCCAAGAAGCAGGCCAAGAAACAGGCAAAGAAUCAGAGACGGCAGCAGAAACAAGGAGCGAAGCUCACGCUGGAUGUUUUUACGAAUCAUGACACAGAUAGCCCUUCAGAAGCUCCACCUACCACUGCAGAUGGACAGUUGGAGGCUGGCGAUGAGGGCGAAGUGGACCAGGAUAAGAGCCAGUCAGUGGCCUCUGACCCAGCAGUGCGGGACCAAGAUGGACCUGCUGAUGAGGAAGAGGAGGAGGAAGAAAGUAAAGAAGCCUCUGAAAGAGAUGCUGCGUCGAGUGUCAACCGCUAUAGCGCUCUGACUGAGGAGCGAGCCAACCCCAAGGUGGAGCAGGAUGGAGGAGAGGAUGAGGAGAGCGAAACGAAUGUCCCUUUAAAUGAGGAAGACGAGUUAGCAGAUGGUGUGAAUGCGCUCUCCCUGCAGGCAGCUGAUGAGGAGAGUUUGGAUGCAAGGCUUGAAGAAAAAGCCUCAGGUGACGCUGUUGAGUAUGUGGUGGUGAAUCAGGAUCCAGAGCUGGCCUUCUGCACUCUCGCCAGCAGGGCGGCUCCAGACAGGCAGGAGUGCUCAGUGGAGUCGUGUCUGUACCAGUUUACAGAGGUGGAGCAUCUAACUCAGAGUAACAGCCUGCUGUGCGUGACCUGCACCAAAAGACAGGCCGCGUCUAAAGCCUCGGACGGUUCUAAGAAGAACGUUUACAGGGAGGCUCUGAAGCAGAUGCUGAUCUCUGCUCCUCCUCCUGUCCUCACUCUACACCUGAAGAGGUUUCAGCAGGUGAGCUACAGUGUGUGUAAGGUGAACAGACAUGUUCAGUUCCCUCAGGUGUUGGAUCUCUCCCCAUUCUGCUCCACCAACUGCAAGGGGGUAGAGGAAGGAGAGACUCAGGUGCUUUAUUCUCUCUAUGGAAUCGUGGAGCACAGCGGCACUAUGAGGUCCGGCCAUUACACAGCCUUCGUUAAAACUCGACCCCAGUCAAAUCCAGUGCUGCUUAACGGAGCCGCUUCCCCGGGUGAAACGGCGCCCCCUAAAGGAUCAUGGUUCCACAUCAGUGACAGCAGUGUUCAGCCUGUUACAGAAGCCAAGGUCCAGAGCGCUCAGGCCUACCUCCUGUUCUACGAGAGGAUCUCCUAGAGCACCGGCACUUCCGGACUCAUCGCUCCAUCGCCUCUACGCUCAGAGAUGACGCUGCUGGUGCCCUUAGCCAACGCUUUUCUGCCAGAGGACGAGUUAAAAUAAAGCACUACGUCAGUAGGAAAGGAGAGAGUCGGUCUGUUAAUGAGCCUCUUGCUGCUGUGGUGAAACGGUAUCUGUUAAAUCGUGGAUGAUGAAAAAUGAUUGACCCCUAGUUUGUGACGGUUUGGUGCUUAGAGUGGAAGAACAGGAUGGACUGUAAUGACAUUGUUAUUUUUAAGGAUUUUUUUUGCGUGUCUGACAGUAUGGUGCACAAAUCUGACCAAACCCUGCUGAGAACGUUGGCGGUGCUUCUGUGUUAAGCAAACAAACUGACCGUAAGAAAACCUCAACCUUGCCUAAGUGAGCUAAAUAUAUUGAUUUUUAUGAGAUAUUUAAUUUGGUACAAUUUUAUAUUACAAGUGCUUAAUAAAACGAUUACUAAUUUGAC